GCUGCGCAACUUGACGCCAUGUUCCCUUGCCAAAGUCCGGGUGGGACCAGUGCCCUAUGUGCACCGCCUGUGCUCCGGACGAGGAUCCGGCCACUGCCGCCGCGGCAUGUCUUGUCGCGGCUCCCGCGACGGACGGAAGACCUGGUUUCGACAACAGGAGAUAUUCCCGCCAAUUGGCAGCAAGCUACCAAACAGGUCUUGCGAAUUGCGUUGCCCAACAUGGGUGCACUCGUUCUGACAUUGGCAAACGAACAGACCAACGUCAUCAUGCUGGGCAAGAGCAGCAGCGCGGGAUCAUUGGCAGCCGUGGGUCUGGGAAACAUGAUGCAGAACUGUUUGGGUUUGAGCAUCGGCUGGGGAUUGCUGGCAGCCUUAGAUUCCCUGGUGAGCCAAGCCUAUGGUGCUGGGAGUCAGGACGUGGCCUGUGAGCAUUUCCAGCGCGGACGCUUCAUUGCCACCUUGCAGCUGGUGUGGAUCAUUCCCAUCCUCCUCUGCUCAGCACAGCUGCUGCUGCUGCUGGGUCAGAACGCCGAAGUCGCACAGCUGGCGGCGAAUUACAACCGCACCACAGCCCCGGCGCUCUUCUGCCUCUUCCAAUACCAGGCUCUGGCGAAGUUCCUGCAAAAUCAAUGCAUUGCAACUCCACCACUGGUGAUCAAUAUCAUCUCAUCCAUCCUACAUGUUGGCUGGUGUGGUCUGUUCGUUCUCCAUUUUCAGCUCGGCAACAGUGGAGCCGGAUUAGCCAAUGGUGUGACCUGGACCUGUCAAUGGCUGUUGAUCGCGCUGUACGUGACACGCAUCGCUCCCAAGCUGGGCAUGAAGCGUCGCGACGUGUGGCUUCCAGGCCCCGGCACCUUCAACUCCUGGAAGUCCUACUUGAAGGUGGCCAUUCCCUGCGUGCUGCAGAUGGGUAGUGAAUGGUGGUUCUGGGAGAUCUGUGCAUUGCUGGUGGGUUUCUUGGGCACCGUUCCCUUAGCCGCCCAUGUCGCUGCCAAUCAGUUCAUUGCGCUUACCUUCAUGCCUGCCAUGGGCAUCUCCUCGGCAGCUGCUGCCUUGGUGGGAAAGAUGUUGGGUGCCAACAGGCCGAAGGAGGCCAAGACCUUCGUCAAGGUCACCUUGGCGGUGAAUCUGGUGGUGUGGCUGAUGAUCGCCAGCUUCAUGACGUUCGGUCAACACUUCAUUGCUGGGAUCUACGUGAAGCCUGGUGAGGUGAAAACACUGAUUCAGAGCUUGCUCAUCAUUUUCGCAUUUGCGGGUCUUCCGGAUACAACGCAGCACAUCAUGUCUGGUGCCUUGCGUGGCAUGGGGAAGAUGACCGCCAGUUCGGUCGUAUAUCUGUUGAGUUACUAUGGGCUGAUGCUUCCUGCUGGCUAUGCAUUGGCUUUCCACUUCGGCUGCGGAGUCAAAGGUAUCUGGUAUGCCUUUUGCAUUGGCACAUCCGUGGCGGUGGUGGUCUUCAGUGUGAUCAUUGCCCGCACGCGCUUCAAACGAUUGGCAAAGAAGAUCUCAUCCUCCUUUGCAUAAAAAUCAUAAAACAUCUCCGAAAAAUUGUGAGUCCCACAAGGGGACGGCAUAUCGAAUCUAGCCUUUUCCGCUGUGUCACAUCGGUUCGUGACGAAGCCAGCGCGAUUUCAUCGCUUGAAAUGAAGGGAUUGGCACCUGUUCGCCUGUCAGAGCUGUUUGAAAUGGUGAUCCAGUGAUCCCUGGACCUUCCGGAGUGACUCUGCACCAACAUUCGCCCCUUUUCAAAGCCGAUGUUUUGAGAAA